GCUUCAUAUCGGGUUGACUAAUGGCCAGUGAGCCGCUUGGAUGUGAUGUGCGCGCGUGUGUGAAAUCAUUCCACGGGAGGUACUGACUUUGAUUUCUGGAUCCUUGCAACUCCUUAUUUAUUUUAAGAAGAUUUUUUUUUUAUUCAUAUCUAUGUUUUUGAGCGUGGAUCGAGCUUGAAUAGAGACAGACGAUGAGGAGAGAGAGUACCAGCUAAUUGGGAUGAGAGUUCAAGUCAAGUGAGCCGGCAGAUUGGACCUGUAAAGCUUCUUAACGCAGGUGGUGGAAGGCGCACAGCGCGAGAGGGCUGUGUUUAUGUGAAGUGCGUGCGUAUUUGUGUGCCAGUGCCAUUCCCUGUGGAAAUCUGUCCUGGGCACAGUGGAGACGGGGGUGAUCGGGUGUGCGCUCUUGUGGGUGGGUUUGGUCAGUUUCGGUGAUACAUCCAAGCGGAGACGUGGAUCGUGACGCUUUUUCCCGGACCUGAACGCGAUGAAGAGGCUUUAUCGGAGUUUCAGGGUUUAGAAUCGGAGCGAAGGAGAGCUGGGCGGACGGAGGACGCAGGGAAGGAGGAGGAGGAGGAGGAGGGGGCACCAAUAUCUCCAGAGCGCACAGCACAGGCUCCAAUCCCCUGACGCAGGGAUGGAGAGCACGAGGGCGCACCGGAUAACUCGGCUCCAUCCCAGAGACUGGGGCGGAAAGAUCACCGGAGGGCCAGACAGGAGCGCCGGGCGGCACCGGGGACACCUCAGCCUGCAGCGCACUGUGAUUUUUCUCGUCGCGCUCACGAUACAACCGCAGGUUGUGAGCGCUGUCGGGAUGUUCGAGCUUCAGAUCCGUCACUUCCAGAACCUACACGGACUCCUGCAGACCGGCGACUGCUGCGACCUGCCGCCGCGGCGCGGCCAGCUCUGCUCCGCCCGGGACCAGUGUGACACUUUCUUCCAAGCCUGCCUGAAGGAGUACCAGGCCCGCGUCGCCGCAACCGGAGCCUGCACCUUCGGGUCGGGCGCCACGGGAAUCCUGGGAGGAAACUCCCAGACGCUCCACCACCGAGGACACGACGGAGGAGGCGGAGGCGGAGGCGGAGGAGAGGAUGGGGCUAAUGGACACAUUGUCAUUCCUUUCAAAUAUGCCUGGCCGGUAAGUGCAGGGGCAGUGAUGGUUCCCGCCGUGGUUACCAAGGGAACAGGCUAAGCUUUAAGUGCAAAACGAUACUCUGAAAUUGAGGCAAGAGUGGAAUAACAAUGACAAUCAGAGGAGC